GAGGAGCACGUCUCCAAGGAGGCUGAGUACCUGGUCACCAAGUUCCUGCAGCUGAUGAAGGAGGAGAAGAGCUUUGACCUUAACCAGUACCUGGUGGUCUCGGUGGCCAAUGUCAUCUGUGCCAUGUGCUUUGGCAAGCGCUACGAUCACAGUGACCAGGAGCUGCUCAGCUUGGUGAAUUCAGUUGAGCAGUUUAAUAACGUGGCUGGUGCUGGCUACCCUGCUGACUUCAUCCCCCUGCUCCAGUACCUUCCCAGCCGCAGCAUGAAAGCAUUUAUAGAUUUCAACAAGUCCUUCCUCAGCUUCCUCCAGAAGAUAAUCAAAGAACAUUACGAGACCUAUGACGAGAACAACAUCCGAGACAUCACCGACUCCCUCAUUGAGCAGUGCCUGGAGAAAAAAGUGGAAACAAACACUGCCACACAGAUCCCUAAGGAGAAGAUCGUCAACCUUGUGAAUGACAUCUUUGGAGCAGGCUUCGACACCGUGACAACUGCCUUAUCCUGGAGCCUCUUGUAUCUUGUGACGUACCCUGACAUCCAGAAGAGGAUCCAGAAAGAACUGGACCAGACCAUCGGCCGGGAGAGGAGACCGCGGCUGUCGGACCGGGGCACGCUGCCCUACACUGAAGCCUUUAUCCUGGAGAUGUUCAGGCACUCCUCCUUCCUGCCCUUCACCAUCCCACACAGCACGACUAAGGACACGGUGUUGAAUGGCUACUACAUCCCAAAGGACCGCUGCGUGUUUAUCAACCAGUGGCAAGUGAAUCAUGACGAGAAACUUUGGAAGGAUCCAGAAACCUUCAACCCAGAGCGUUUUCUCAGUGCUGAUGGAACCAAAGUGAACAAAGAAGAGGGGGAGAAGGUGCUGGUUUUUGGCCUGGGGAAAAGGAAGUGCCCUGGGGAAACCAUUGCCAGGUGGGAGGUCUUCCUGUUCCUGUCCACCUUGCUCCAGCAGCUGGAGUUCAGUGUCUGCGAUGGCAAGAAGGUGGACAUGACUCCAAUUUUUGGAUUGAGCCUGAAGCACAAAAGGUGUGAGCACUUCCAGGUCAAGCAGCGCUUCCCCAUGAAGAGCAGAAACUGAGUAGUGGGACCAGACAUCACCAGGGGGCAAAGACAUGAGUGUCCUUGCAGCAGAGCUGGGUCUGGUACAGCUGUACAGGAUGAUGUAAUAAACUGAAACUAUUGAAA